CUCGGCAUAAGCCUGUAGGCUGGCACGGUUUGGUUGGUUGAGGGACAGCAGCCAUGGCUCGACUCGCUGCGCUACUGCUGUUACCGGUUCUUAUUGAAUCUGUAUUUUCCAUCUCUUUCUUUUUACCGGUCAACUCAAGAAAGUGUUUACGGGAGGAGAUCCACAAAGACGUCCUGGUCACGGGAGAGUAUGAAAUCACCGAACAGUCGAACACAAAAACUAAUCUGAAGAUCACAGAUUCCUCUAGUCACACGCUUUACUCCAAGGAAGAUGCAACAAAAGGAAAGUUUGCAUUCACCACAGAGGACUAUGACAUGUUUGAGGUGUGCUUUGAAAGCAAAUCACCUUUGGGGACUGGACGAGUGCCUGACCAGCUGGUCAAUCUGGACAUGAAACAUGGUGUGGAAGCCAAAAACUAUGAAGAGAUCGCUAAGGUGGAGAAGCUGAAGCCUCUUGAGGUUGAGCUGAGGCGACUGGAGGACUUGUCAGAGUCCAUUGUCAAUGACUUUGCUUACAUGAAGAAGAGAGAGGAGGAGAUGCGGGACACCAAUGAGUCCACCAACACACGUGUGCUGUACUUCAGUAUAUUCUCCAUGUGUUGUCUCAUUGGACUGGCUACAUGGCAGGUCUUCUACCUGAGGCGUUUCUUCAAGGCAAAGAAGCUGAUCGAGUAAAGUGGCUCAUAGCUCUUUACCUUUUGAAGAAACUACUUGCUGGUCAGCUAACACAUCCCAACAUCCACCCUCCUUGGACGAGCUUCAGCAAACAACAGCAAGUGGGGCUGAGGGGUUCAAAUUCUAGUUUUUGCCGCUGUAAGAGAGUACCAAGGUUGACCUCUGAAGAAGAAGAAGAAGAAGAAGAAAAAAAAAAAGAUUCACCUGCUUAUUUUGGAGUUUGAAACAUGAAAAGCACUGUAGAGGGAAAUAAACUGUGAGACAUACAUCACUGAAUUGGUGAGAUAUGUAUUUCUCCCACAGUACUUAACAUUUCUCUCUGCACUGUUUAUAAUGUUGCAGCUCACUGAAUAAGAAUGUGUCCCUUCAAUCAGUUGAACAGUGACGAUUUGUGUGCUUAGUUUGAAUGGUAGUGCCAUGAGUGAAUGUAUUCUCCCCCUACUGUUGAUGUACACAUUCUUUGCCAUGCCAAGCAAGUGAAGUGAAGGCUGUUUUGAAAAAGUGGUUUGUUACUUUGGGAAAAUUGUCAACCACUGCACAUCUGUAUUUAUGUCGCUUAAUUUGCGUCCCUAUUUUGGUUGCUAAAUUUAACAGUGUCUUUUAUUUUGUUUUCAUAUUGUAAAUGCUAUUUAGUUGCUUCUUCAGCUAUAUUUUGGGGGGGUUGUAAGUCAGCGUGAUAUUCUCUUACAAAUUAGGUCACUUCUAUUCACUCUAGUUUUGUCUUUAAUUUGUCUCCAUGGCAGGACUUUGCAGCAUCGUUUGUCAUUACUUGAUUUCUGUGAGCAAGUUUUUCUCUUUCCUUGCAGACUGCAGUGGUGCUUUCGACUGGAAGUGUAAAGUAGGCUUUCCAAAAAUCUAUUCAGUUAUGCACUACUUUUCUUUACACACUGGUGAAAUUUAUCUUUCAAAAUAUAACUUCAAAAUUACAGUAAUUCUAGAUCCAUUAAGUGUGCUUGUGUUUGUGGGAAAAUACUUAUGAGGCUUGGGUUACAAGAGUGUGAGGGGAGUUGCUAAUAUUCCGAUUGUUUUGGACUGGGGGUUAAUUAAGGCAUCUGUUGUGGGUACAUUUUUAACGAGGAACAUGCGCUAUGUGCGCAAUCAGUGAUUUUUAUGUUAACUGAUACAUUUUGUAAAUUUAUGUUGGGCUUUUAUUCAAUAAAAUAUUGGAUGAAUUUACAUUA